AUGUUUGCUGAUAUUUUGACUCAAAUGAAAUUAGUAAAUUCUCAAAUCCAAACAAAAUAUUUCCAAUUUAUCUCUCAACUUGCUUUUUCUCUGCCAAUUAUUCUUACACAACAACAACAACAAUUCGAUACUAACACAAUACUUUAUGGAAUUGAAUCAAUUAAUUCUCUUUCAUUAUUUAAUAGCUUAAAAGUAUUUACAAAGCAAUAUAUUGAUGUUCUUCAAUCAACUUCAUGCGAUAAAAACUAUCUUAUCGAAUUCAAUUUACUAUUAAUACGCUCUGUAUUUGACUUUCUUACUAUUUUAAAAGAUUCAAUGGCAACUGUCUUCUUCAUGUCAGUUUUAGAUGAGUCAAUUCUUCUGGACACUACAGAUGAAAAGAAUGAACCUUCUAUUCACAAUCAAGUUCAAUCUCCACAUGACCUUAAUAUUAAUUUAGACGAUGAUACUCCAUGUGUGUCCCCACCACUUCCAGUUAUUUCGUUCAGUAAUAGCAAUUACAUUAAUGAAGAAAUCUAUAAUGAAAACACUGUACCAAAUGAGAAAGACGAGUCUUGCCCUUCUAUAAAAAGUCCAAAAAAACCUCUUAUAGAACCUCAAGAGAAUUCUAUUAAAAAAGAGAUAGGAAAGAAAGAAGACUAUACUGAUGUUUCUACUAUUAAAAAAGAUACCAACAAAUUACUUCAAGAAGUCAAUGAUUUUUUCAAAAAAUCCAAAGCUGAAUCACUAAAAAAUGAAGAACUAAAAAGAAUUAACAUUAUUCAGUCACAAGAAGAAGAAUUAAUUUAUGACCCAAAUAAAAUAAGUCUUGAAGAUUUAAAACAGGAAGACAAACCAAACGAAAUAAAAAGAGAAGAAAAGAAACCAAUUAUCCAACAUGAAGUAAAUAAGGAAAAAAAACAACCACUCAAAGAAAUAAUUUCACCAGAAGAAAAGAAAAUUAUCACUGACCCGUCAAGAUAUCAAUUUAUGGCAGAACAUAAUGGAUUAAUUUGUUUUGAAUUUAAUGGACAAAUAAAAGAAGGUGAUAGAAAUAAACAUUUAAGAAAGUAUUAUUUUGUUAAAGAUUUAAGUCAUAGCCAUUCAUCAGUAGAACGUGAUUAUAACAUAAUGACAAAAUGUACCUAUAAAGAAAAAGAUGUUAUAAAUGUAAAAAGUAACAUUUUUAGUUAUAAAGAUAUUAUUACAGAUGAUUAUAUUUUUAAUGUAGAAAAAACAUUAUUAGAAAAGAGAGGAGUAUUAGUAAUAACAAAAACAUUGUCAAUUUCUAAAUCAUUUAAAGGAAGGUAUUAUCCUUAUAUCCUUGGAAUUCGUAAAGACUUUCUUAGUAAUAUUUUUAUUACUUUUCCUAAUGAACCUAUUAUUAUCCCUGUUAGAAUAAAAAGAAGUAAACCCAAAUACUAUUGUUUUUAUUACAAUGUUUAUGAACGAGGGAAUAUUGAUGACAUAUUAAUUAUUGAAAUAAUUAUUGAGUAA